UGUAAACAUUUUAUGAACAGUUUUGGUUGUGUUUCUGCACUUAAAGGACUUUUUAGAAGUAAGGCAAUUUAUAGGACAUUUUACGUGAAAUAACUUUCUAACCUGCGUUCAACAAAUCAUGCUUUCGGGUGUUACAAAGGAUCCAGAGGCUGCUCGUGCCGGGGAUGUAACUCCCGCUGGCGGGCCUUCAAACACGGGUGGUUCUACUCUCCAGGACCCGGUGGCAACAGCAUCUAAGACUGUACAUACUGGAAAUCGUUCUGCUGAACUACCGUACUCUUCUCGAUGAGACCACUAACAGUUCAAUUUCGAAACAGUAAGCCAUUGAUGUACUAACUUACGAGACAAAUUAUAAUGGCGAGGAUUGAGGAUGUUUUCUCAGAUCAGGAAAUGACUAACUGGCUAAAAGCAUGGCUAGCAUUGAAUAUUGCAAAGGAGGGGUUACGUGAUUUCGUUGAUGACGAGUUGUUUCAAUUCAAAAGUACCAUUUAUCAAUCACUAUACUCUACGAAUGCGUUACCAAUCACAUCCGUUUGCACUAGUUGCUCAACUGCAAACAUUUUGCAUUGUCCUACAUAUGGUUGUUGCAAGCGGAACAACAACGUGUGUAAAACCAUGCAUGCAGAUCCGACCAAACAGUUCAGACCAUGUCCAAACGGUAUUUGUGACGACGUUCGGGAUGAAAUAAUAAAGUUUCACAGAUACAAACUUCCUUCGUGGAAGAAUACCUCGGCUGAUCAAUGGGCCAGUAACCACUGGGAAAUAGCAAAAUGUUACAUGCCCCCUGACGGUUAUAUCGGAGUGACUUCCAUACUGAGUACAGAUUUUAACGGGUUUAUAAGCGUGUUGUUGAAUUGUAAACUCUUCGAUAGCAAGAUGUCGUUCAGUAUAGCACCUCCAAAACCAUGUGCGCAGUGUCUGUUAUCAGAGGCGCGUGAUAUUGGCAAAGUCGUCCGUCAUUCGCCCAACUGUAAAGUUUCAAGCAACGAACUCAAUAAUUUCUUUGUAACAUUGAUUGACUUACUGAAUGAUCCGAAAGCUCUUGCACAAGAUCAAAAUGCGCAGCAAGCAGUCAGAAAAUUAAAACAGUUACAAAACGACUGUCUUAAUAUUUCCGUGGUAGAGAUCAGCCAUUUAUUAAGCGAAGCACAAGUAGCAGUAAUAAAGGCAGAACAAGUGUCAGACGAGUCAAACAAAAAGAUGAAAAUCUACAUAGAGAAAUGUGAAAAAACAUUAGAGGACCAUAUGAAACAGCUUACACAACUCUCAAAACAACAGCUUAAUGAGCACUCACGUCUUUGCACAGAGAAUGCCGAAAGAAAGAUCGAACAAUGCACACAAUCGAACAACGAACAUAGUAAAAGAGAACUUGAUGAGCGCCUCGAAAUUUGUAUAGAAAAAAGUAAAAACAAAAUAAUUCAAACCACUAACAAAUGUCACGAUGACUUGGAGAAAUGCUCCCAAAAAUGUACUGAAAGGUGUACAAAUACAUUGGAUGAAUGGACGUAUGUUCGAACACUUUACAGUAGAACAGAACUAGAUGAGCAUACACAGAAAUGUACAGAAAACAGCAAAUAUGAUUUUGACCAACACACCCUUAAAUGCGUUGACUUAAUACAGAAAUCUGAACGAAAACAAGAACCAACCUACACAGAAGCCGCUGCAGACUUUCUUCAAAAUCUGAUAGAACAUUAUGAAGGCAAGUUGAGUCACGUACCAGUGUCCCCUUUGAAGCCCAACCAUGACCAGAGUUUAAGUAAUAUGUAUGCCACACCAGCAAUACACAGAAUUAAAAUCGAAAAAAAUGGCACACGAACGAAAACUGAUCAUGUACAAACGUACAAAGACCUUCUUUAUACGGAUAAUAGACUACAUCGGCGAAUAUUCGUAGAAGGUGAGCCGGGAAAAGGAAAAACCACAUUUGCUGCGAAGCUAUUACUGGACUGGUGCAAAAAUAACAUUUCAUCAUCUGAACAUAAAACCCAUUUUCAUGAUAUAACAACGCUGGGUACAUUUAAGUUCAUGUUUCAUGUAUCACUAAGAGAUUCAAUUAAUGAACGUGAAGUAUUGAAGAUGAUUGAAGAACAGAUAAUUGAUGAGAUAUAUGGAAACGAAGAACGCAAAACUAUUCACAAACUUCUGUAUGAAAUCAUGAAAAAGGAAACAUGUUUAGUAGUUGAAGAUGGUCUCGAUGAGUGGACUUGCUCCGCGGGGAAUAAUGCUUUACCUUUAAUGGUAGCAUGUCACAAAAAUUGUAUAACGUUAAUCACAACACGGCCAUGGAAAAUGACCGAUGAACGUAUAAAAAACUCUCAGAUAGAUUGUCUGCUAGAAAUAGAAGGAGUUCAUGACCCAUUCGCGCUCAGUAAAAAUGUUCUUGAAUGCCUCUAUAGUGGAGACCUGGAUACAAAGCACGAUGCGUUUAGAGUGUACAUUAAGGAAAAUGAUCUUGGCGACUUAAUAUUAACACCAAUGUUGCUCACACUCGUUGUGAGUUUGUGGGUAGACGAGACAUAUUUGACAGGAUCAGCUUGUGAAAUAUAUUGCAUUCUACUUGAAAGUCUUCUUAAAAAGGCCAAUGGUAAAGGUGAAUAUUUUGAUACGGCGAACUUCAAAUGUUUCGAAAACACAAAACAUAUCAAACCCAAUAUGGAAAAUAUUGAAGCUCUUUCAUCAGCGGCAUUUCAUUUGCUGUUUGCUGUUGAAAACAAAAGUUCUUUGAGUUUAAUGAACACGAAUGAUGAUGAUAGUGCUGACGAAGAGGACGAAGAAACUGAGAUAUAUAAUAACCUUGAUGAUGAUGAUGAGGAGGAGGAGGAGGAGGAGGAGAUGGAGGAUGUGGAGCAGGAGGAGGACGAUGAUUUUGAUGGUUUGUUUGGUUAUUCUGAUUCAUUGUCGGUUGUUAGUUCAGACAGUUUGCUAAGCCUUUCGGGUAGUGAUGAUUAUGACGGGCAAUAA